CUGUGUUUUAAUCACGAUCAACCAGUUAAAAAUCAUCCAAUGAUCUUAAAAAAAAAUCAAGGUAUCAGCAUCGGUAUUGUAAAGCCCCUAUUUAUUACGGAGUCAUUGAGGUACGCGGAACUGUUGUUACUGACUGUUGUUUCCAGUGGGGACUUAUUUUGCAUGCCGGAAUAACUCUCUUGAGCAGAACAGCCAAAGUUAGGUGCAAGUUGGAUGAAUGUGGCGACAUUUCUAGUCACAUGUCACCGCAAUUACUUUUAGACUAUUUACGUUGUAUAUUUAGGAUUAAAUAAGACAAGAAGAUGUUGAUCUACCGAAGUUGGAUACAUAUGAUGAAGGUUAAAUGACGCUAGCAUGACAUUGACAGCCGGAAUAAGGCAAGUUAGCAUUAGCAUAAGUAGCAAAUGUUAGCAUAAGUGCUGAAGUUAUGCUGCUUCCUUAGCAAGAGGAGACGAAACUAUAUAGAAUCUUAUAGAAAGCUCCUUCAUGAUGUUGCACCUAUUCAGGGGGCUGCCCUUGUCUGCCCUCCCGGCAUACUUGACACGGCACGCCCAGGUGUGCUGCUCACAAGCUGAGAGGAGGGUGCACAUUGUGUCCGUUCGCAUCUGCUGUCAACGAGCUUCACAUUCUGGAGCCUCUCACGGUGGUCCUUCCCUCCAUCCACACGUCACCGCGCGGACGGUCCUGUCCAAAACACCUAACUCCAUAGGCAGAUCUCAAUGUAGGAGCCAGUUCCAUACCUCAUCCCCGCUUGGAGCCCUGCCUACUCCUGUUCUGUGGCUGGUGCUCAAGCCCAUACAGAAGCUUAUGGCCAUCAUACUGGGCAGGAGUGUAAGGAAGUGGUGGGUGGCGCUCCCUGACAACCGCCGCGAGUUUUUUCGGCAGUGGGUCUGGCAGCGGCGAUGGCGGCUGGCAUCGGCGGCUGGAGUGGUGGCAGCGAUCGUGGCCCUCCUCCUCCUGACCCACCUGGACGAGUCGCCAGUGACGGGACGCACGCGCCUGCUAGUGUUCAGCAGAGAGAACUACAUGGAGCUGGCGGCUGUUACCUCGGCAGCGUACAUGGAGGAGUUUGCUGAGCUGAUGCUUCCUGAGAGUGACGCCCGUCAUCAAGUAGUACAGCAGGUGGUCCAGCACCUGGCCCAGCGGAACAAGGACCUCCCAGAAAUGUCCGACGUCACAUGGAGUGUCCACGUAGUGCAGAGUCCCAACACCAACGCCUUCGUUCUUCCAAAUGGAAAAGUGUUUAUGUUCACUGGCAUGUUGGAGGCUGUGGCAGAUAUUCACCAGCUCACCAUCGUCUUAGGACAUGAGAUGGCUCACGCCUUACUUGGACACGCUGCGGAACAGGCCAGCCUGACUCACGUGGUGGACCUCCUGUCUGUGGUCCUGCUCACCGCCAUCUGGGCCGUGUGUCCUCGGGACAGCCUGGCACUCCUGGGUCAGUGGGCACAGGACAAACUCACACAGCUGAUGUUCAACCGUCCCUACAGCAGGAAGCUGGAGGCGGAAGCAGAUCAAGUUGGGCUGCAGUUGGCCGCAAAGGCAUGUGCAGAUGUUCGCGCAGGGCCCGUCUUCUGGCAGCAGAUGGAGAUCCGGGACCAGCUGAGCGGAGAACUCAGCCUGCCCCAGUGGUUGUCCACUCAUCCAUCUCACAGGAACCGGGUGGCGCAACUGGACCGCCUUGUGCCGCAAGCUCUGGAGCUGAGGGAAAACUGCGUGUGUCCCGCCCUGCCAUCUACCGACCCUCGCAUCGUCUUCUCCAAGAGUGUCCACGUGCUGCUGGAGAAUGCCAAGGUCCAGGAAAGAGCCGGUAUCCCGAUGAAGUCAUCAUACGGCCCCAAAAAUGGGGUGGCUGUGGCCCUGCUCGCCCAAACGUCACCACCUUCUUCAGACCGUGAGGUUGUGGUAGAGGGUCCUCUCAAUGGUGCACCAUAACUGACCCAAUGAGUAGAGAUGGCUGUGGUGCUGCUAUAUAAAGACUUCUUUACUAUUCUUCUGUUGUCAGUGGGGAAAUACUCAGGAAAGAAGUGUAGGAAAGCCACAUAAAUCCAUCAUACAUUCAGCGGGUGACCCAGGAAUGACAACAGAGUGGUCGGCCAUUUCAGUUCAGAACUUGGCAGGGACAAGCAUUUUUUUCUCUAAAAAUACACCAUAGCAACACCAGAUCACUGUCUUGUAGCGGAUCUUUGACCAAUGUUUUGGCAGUCCUAUUAUAUAGAUCAAGGUCUUACCAUAGGACCCCCUAUGCUGUCCAUUAAAGAAGGGACAUACAGUUAAAAUACAACUUCCUUUUCAUAAGCAGAAGAAGCCAGAUGCAAAGCUGUAGUGAAAGUUAAGGAAACAUAUUUAAACAUCUGCCUACUUAACUAGCUGCAUCAUAAAUACUUCCCAAGCCAGGAUGAGUUAGCUCCACUGCUCUGGUUCUCACCACCAAGGCCACUAGUAAGAUGAGAUCAACAAUAUUUAUCCCACACUGGGGACAGUCCAUUGGUGGCAUUGCUAUCAUUCAUCAGCUUAUGGCAGGAGUGAUUGAUGAGUCAGCAUAUACUAUAUGUAUAGUAUGUGAUAGCAUAGCAUCACAUAGUAUAGCAAUGUGUGAUACACAAGAUCUUACUUGCAGGCUCAUUUUUGGUGUACAACCAUUAUGGCUCUGACUUUAGUAUUAUUUAAUUUACAGUAUGUUGCUCCGGUAGUACAAUUUGGGAUUGUGAAUAGUUGGAAUACUGCAGAAAUCUAGUCUGUGUGAAGUGAACGCUUUGUGAAUAAACACUGGAUUAGGAA